AUGAAGGCAUCUAAGAUAUUCGUCUUAUUUAAUGUUAUACUAAUAACGCAUUAUUUAGUCUUUGGCUUGUCGAAAAAUGUACCCAAGAAAAAUACAAGCGCUUUUAAGAAAUUCCGAGAUGAUUUAUCAAAGAAAAUAGCACAAAACAAGAAAGCCAUCGCGAUUGCAUUAGGAUCUAUAGCAGCCGCAACCGCAAUAGCUGCAGCAGGAUAUGGAAUUGGUGUAAGUAAAUCCAAAAAGAAAGGAUCUAAAAGUAAAAAAUCAUCAAAUCCUAAAAACACAAAAGGAAAUAAAAAUGAACCAAAACCCGAUAAUGAUUACAAGCCUUAUAAAAAUAAUAAACCAGAACCAUCUAAUAAACCCGAACCAUCUAAUAAACCAGAACCAUCUAAUAAACCCGAACCAUCUAAUAAACCCGAACCAUCUAAUAAACCAGAACCAUCUAAUAAACCAGAACCAUCUAUUAAACCAGAAUCAUCUAUUAAACCAGAAUCAUCUAUUAAACCCGCAGGAUCUAUUAAACCCGCAGGAUCUAUUAAACCAGAACCAUCUAAUAAAAUAGAAUCAUCUACUGUACCAGAUACAUCUUCUAAAGUAGAAUCAUAUUAUCCUAAAUAUGUUAAACCAGAAUUUCCUGCUAAACCAGACCCACUUCCUAAAUCAGAAAUACAACUUAAAUCAGACCCAGCUACUUAUGUAUCACCUUAUACAUCACCAUAUAACGCACAUUAUGGAACAACUCCUAGAUCUGAAUCACCUACUUCUUCUAUAUCAUCUAAUUCUUCUACACCAUCUACUUCAUCACCUACUUCUUUCUCUAAAACUUCAACACCUUCCACUUCUUCAACACUUACUUAUUACUCUAAAAAUUCAACACCUCCCACUUCUUCAUCACCUACUUCUUUUUCUAAAACUACACCACCUCCCACUUCUUCAUCACCUACUUCUUUUUCUAAAACUACACCACCUCCCACUUCUUCAUCACCUACUCCAUAUACUUAUGGUUCUGCUUUUAGCUCUACUGGGUCAAGUAAUACUUUAUAUAAUUCUAGUAUCCCUAGACCUAAUAUCACAUCUAACUUAUUUAAUCCAUAA